GAACACUGGUGUACGAAUAGCGCUUUGAGAUCCUGUUUUUAAUUCUUUUAGAUAUAGUUUUAGUAUAUUUAAACUUUUAACUGUGGAUAAUUCCAAACAUACACAUAAGUAAAUAACAUGAUGAACAUGUGGGACAUGUGGGCUGAGUAAAUGAGUCAGGUGCUUGUACAAAGUAGCCCCCCAAACUUUGAUAGAGAAUUUGCUAUGGGUGAGGAUGUCCUGGGUUUUGUUUCAGAUCUGGGAUGUUCUAGCUGCCCUUCAUCAUCUAGUCCCUCAGCCAUAAUCAGUGUGGCUUGAGUGCCCAUCUGCAGACCAUAUAUACCAGAAGGGUUAGUAGAUAUAAACAAGCAGAAGUGAGUGUAGAUGCCUUUUCCUAGUUAUUGAGAUGAGGAGCUGAGAAUUUGGGGUGCAAAGUGGUCUUUGGGUCUAAGAGUUUGGUCUGGUUCGGGAACCCCCUCAGAUGCACAGUUGUCCUGAAAGCAGUCACUUUGAACAGAGAUGUUGGCUACUGGAUGAUAAAGGAUAGCAGGCUGGGAAGGUGAGUUGUUCAUAUAGGAAUUGCUACAGGAAUUCAGAGGAGAAAGAAGUUAAUCCAGACUGGGAAAAUCAAAGAAGGCUAUUCUCAAAGAAUGUGGUGGUGACUUUACCCUUUUCCCAUUGACCUUGUAUGUUUGAUCCUUAUGCCUGUUCCUAGGUGGAAAAAGAUAGGGCUGAUGGUCAGUGAAUACUAAAGAUGAAUUACACUCCGGACUUUUAGCUGUGGGAUCUGUGCUAAUGAAGGCUUUAGGUGGAAUGCCUUGUGAGUCAGAAUUGGCUGUGUGGGAAGAGAGCUACCUCUAAUAGGCCUGUGUGAAGCAUACUCAGAAGGCCAACUUUUCUCUUUUCUUUUUUAUUUUUUUUUAAGAUUUAAUUUAUUUAUUAGAGUGAGAGAGAGACAGAGACAGAGGGAGAGGGAGAAGCAGGCUCCUCACUGAGCAGGGAGCCUGAUGCAGGACUUGAUCCCAGGACCCCAAGAUCAUGACCUGAGCCAAAGGCAGACUCUUGACCCACUGAGCCACCCCGGUGCCCUAAAGGCCAACUUCUCUUUACUCUGACUGAAAAUAAGAUGUUUUGUUUUGUCUAUGAUAUGGACCUUAGCUAAUAUGACAAUAGAGGGGCGCCUGGCUGGCUCAGUCAGUUAAGCGUCUGCUUUUGGCUCAGGCUGUGAUCCUGGAAUCUCAAGAUGGAGUUCCACAUCGAGCUUCCCGCAGAUAGCCUGCUUCUCCCUCUGCCCUUCAUACUGCUAGUGCUCUUCCUUGUGCGCGCACAUGCUCUCUCUCUUUCUCCCUCUCUCUCAAAUAAAGAAAGAAGGAAAGAGAAAAAGACAACAGGAUGAGCGAUGUAUCUAUUCCUCCAAAUUCCUAAGAAAAAUUCACUUAUGUACCUACACAUAAUAUCACAUACUUCAGAGGCGACUUCUAGGACCUACUGAAGUUUAUCCUCUAGCAGUCCAUGGACUCCAUGGACUCCAAGGAAAGAAUGCAGACAAUCAAAUGUGUGGUUGUAGGAGAUGGGGCUGUAGGUAAGACCUGCCUCCUCAUCAGUUACACAACAAAUGCCUUUCCUGAGGAGUAUAUCCCCACUGUCUUUGAUAACUAUAGUGCCCAGACGUCUGUGGAUGGCCAGAUCGUCAGCCUGAACCUGUGGGACACAGCUGGCCAAGAGGAGUAUGACCGACUGCGAACUCUAUCCUACCCCCAGACCAAUAUCUUUGUCAUUUGUUUUUCCAUUGGCAACCCAUCCUCGUAUGCCAAUGUGAGGCAUAAGUGGCACCCUGAGGUCUCCCAUCAUUGCCCCAAUGUGCCUGUUCUGCUGGUAGGUACCAAGAGAGACCUGCGGGAUGACAUUGAGACAGUGAAGAAGCUGAAGGAACAGAGCCUAGUGCCCACAACUCCUCAGCAAGGCACUUCCCUGGCUAAGCAGGUGGGGGCUGUGAAGUAUCUAGAAUGUUCAGCCCUGAUGCAGUAUGGGGUGCAUGAGGUAUUUUCAGAAGCCGUCCGGGCUGUGCUUUACCCUGCCACAAAGAAGAACACCAAGAAGUGUGUCCUUUUAUAGCUUUUGGGGUGCUAUUUGGGGACUGCACCGAAGGGGGAAUAAGAGGGAUUCCUUUGAUAGCAUUGAACAAUGCCAGCAUGAGCCAUUUGUCUCUUUUCCUAGAAACCCUAGACUCCAGGUUAUCGGGAUUUUGGAGGAACAAAGACAGCCUUGUUUGUACAUGGUUGCUGUGAAGUUUGGUCUGAACCUUUUGGAGGAAGUUUGGGGGGAGAGGGGGAGAGAGAGAGAGAGAGAGAGACUGACUUUUACCUCUGAACUAGCUUUCCUAGCUGUAUUACCAUUGAGCAAGUGCCUCACAGAAGGACAAGUUUCUACAGUUUCGAAAGCAUUGCCUUAAACUUUCUGAUACAGUAAUUUUGGAAAAUUAUUUUAUGUGUGACUCCUGGGUGUUCCAGUGUCGACAUGUUCUUCCCAUUCUGGAGAUGGGACAUGUUUGCAAAAACGGUUAAGCAGCAUUUCUUGAAGUUCUGGAAGAUACUAAUUGAUGUUCCUUAACAAGGAUCUGUGGUCAAGUAAGUCAGGAACCAGUGGGGUUUUUUUUAAGUGUUUAUUUAAAUUCCAGUUAGUUAGCAGACUAUGAUAUUAGUUUCAGGUGUACAAUUUAGUGAUUCAGCACUUCCAUACAACACGUGUUGCUCAUCACAAGUGCCCUUUAAUCCCCAUCACCUAUUUACUCCAGCCUCCCCCCUUUUGGUAACCAGUGAUUUAAGUAAAGCUGAACAGGUUCCUCUACUGGAGGGAUUUAUAACUUUUAGUAAGUGGGCAACAUUUCUCAAAUUUAUUUCACUGAAUUUUUUUUUUUCUUCCACGCAACACCUGUUAACCUCUUUAGAAACACAGUUUCAGAGAUGUUGGAUUAAGAGGAGCUAGAAAUUCCCAAAGAGUCUGGAAAAAAAAAGCAUAAUGUGGUCCUGUUCUUUUAGUUGUUUCCCUCUUUAUGCCUUUGAGAGCAAUGUUUAUCAGCCAUGGACUUGUUACUGGCUCCUCUUCCGCCCUUAGGUGUUGGAUUUGGCACUUAGUCAUGCUAGCACAUUGGAUGUGGGGUCUGAUGGUCAGAUCUGUUGUUAGAUUAUGAUAGCACUAUGGGCCUGGUGAUGUGAAAUUAAUCCCCCAUAAAGCUGUGUCCCUGAGGCCUCUGUGAGGCGCCUUUUUUUCUGUCAGCUUCUGCUUUAGGGAAAGACCACUGAAAGUUAACCCCAUAAACCAACCAACCAACCAACCAACCAAAAUAUUCUGCCAGUCGUUAUCAGGGAGUUGUGUGAUUCUCCUCUGUGUCCUGCCUUGCUCUCUUCCUAUUCCUCCCUCCUCUGUACGUGUGUGUAUGUUUGUGUGUGUUUUCAGCUUUUGAGGUCUUUUAGUUGCUCAUAGAAAGUUGGAGUAUAUUGGAUUUCCAGACCCUGGGGCUGUCAACAUUGGUAGGGAUUUUGCCGGAGUUGCUCAGCCUGCCCUGCGGUGGUAGGAGUCACAUUCUUUACCCUACUAAGCCUGUUUCUCCUUAUUCUUUCUAGUUGUAUUUUUUAUUUUCCUCCUUUGAUAUGGAAGGGAAACUUCCUUCUCCACCUGGCAGAUAGUGGUUAACAAUUCCACUGGGCACAUAUCCUCCUACCCUGUCAAAAUAAACAGUGGAUCUUUGAGAGUUUGGGAAAUGGAGUUAAAAGAAUCACCUAGCUACUUCUGUGACAAAUGAAGUGUCUGUGCUUUGCUCUGGGGUGGUCUCACUGUUGCUCUUUGACAAUAUAUGAUCACAUUAGUGCUCAGGUUAACUGAGCCUCCUGGACAGGGUUGCCAGGUAAAAGAGAGUAGUUUUUUUUUUUUUAACAAAUAAUUUUUUAGUGUAAGUAUGUACCAUACAGUAUUUGGGACUAGAUUUUAAAAAUAUUUGCUCUUUAUCUGAAAUUCAAAUGUAAUGGGACAUUUUGUAUUUCUAUUUGCUAAAUCUGGCACCCCUAUUCUUGGAGGAUUGGAAAGCGGGAGGUCAGGCAAUACCAAGUAUUGUUAGAAAGUAAAAGGUACAUAAGCUCACUGUUCCUCCUCCUUUUCUUCUGGUUUUCCUUUCCCUCACCAUGGGCUAAAGUGUUCUGUUUUGCUUUUCCUGUAUCACUGCACUCUCCUCUUCAUACAGUAAUUCAUUGGUGUGUAUUUCUACACCAUCGUCUAAGGCUGUGUUGAAUAGCCAUUCAACACGCAUUUUCCUGGUCAGUACUAGGAAAUUUACUUGUGGAGGAUCCAGGGUGGAUAGCAUUGUCUGGUAGAUGCCUUCUCAUUUUCAAUGUACUGUAUCUGUUUCUGGUGUGUGACCUAGGGCCUCCUGUUGCGGGGGCUGUAAGAGCUCUGUAUGAACAGGGUGUUAACUGGAAGAGGGUGAGGGUGGCCCUCCUUAACUAAGGCCCACUAGCACUUUGGGAAGUGGGGUCUAUUAUCAUAGUGUGGGUACUGUAAGAGUCAACUGGCCUGUUGGCAGGUGUACCAACUGCUGUGUGUAGUCCCUGAGUUUUCUCAUGAGCGGCCAGAUGAAGCGCCUAUUGCUUGAGUGUGUUCUGGUCUCAGGAUGUUUGGACUGAUGCUGCCUGAGGUCCUUACGGACUUCAUGGUUGAAAGGGGCUAGAAACACGGCUGUCACCUAUGUCUCUGGGAACUUUCCAUAGCUACUGAAAUCUUUUUAACUGACUUUUAAUUUAAUAGUGCCUCCUGCUCCCACUUUGUCUGGGAAGAUCUCAAAUGUAAGCCUGGGCUUGGUUUUGUCAAACUCGCAUCCUUUAAUGAAGGGAGGUGUGAUCCAUAAGUCUGAGAGUAUGGUUUUGUAUUGGACUGACUUGAUGGUCCUACAUACACUGACAUCUUGAUUUUUAUACUUAAAAAGAAUUUGUAUAAGGACUAACAUGCUAAUAUCACUUUUAAAUUGUUCAUAAUGAAUGGCAAUAAACUUUUCUGAUUUCA